AUGGAUGCCGACAAUCAACAGACUACUCUCGAGAGAGUAUAUGUAUUCAAAUAUCUUGGUGUCAUAUUAGAUCCAGCACUUGCUUGGAAUGACCACAUUGACUAUGUUGCUAAAAAGAUAUCAUCAAGAUUGGGAUUGCUCCGUAGGGCACGUAAGAUUUUACCAAAACAAGCAUGCGUUAUAUUGUAUAAUGCGAUGAUACUGCCAUUAUUUGACUACUGUUGUGUUAUAUGGGACAGUUGUGGCAAGACAAAUCAACAGUAUUUGGACAAACUCCAAAAAAGAGCAGCAGGAAUCAUCGAAGGUCACAGA